AUGGCGCCUUUGACCUCUCUCCAACGCCCAUCCACGGCACCUCAUCUACCAGUCGAUCCUCUUUUCCCAUUCAGUCUCCUGUGGAAACGCUCCCAGAAGAGUCGUCGUCAGAGUCAAAACCCUCCCCAAGGGGAACCCCAGACAAAGCAAGCGGAAGACGAGUCCAACGAUGCACAGUCAACAUUAAGCAAGACAGAAACGCUAUGUGCCGAAGAGACAAUUGGGAAAAAGAAGAAGGAGCAGAGUUGA